AUGUCUCGCAGAAUAGAUGGAUCUCUCCAUAAGACGGAUCCGUUUGGAGUCAUCGGCGGUGUUGUAAGAGUUGGCAAACAUCUCAAGUCUUGUCAGUUGCGAGAAUCUUUGUACAGCAUUUCCAUCAUAUUAUGUCCUCUGAGGUCAAGCCAUCUGUCCAUUGGUUCACAACUGGUCAUCACUUUGUCACACGUGGAAGGGCUCACCAAUCGGUUCAAUGAUAUUGUCUACAAAUCACCCAAAGAGGUGAUACCCAAUGCCAUCGGUGGUCGCAUUGUCUGCUAUUUCGGUGGAGACGUUCAGGACUUGAAGUCAGAAAUGUCUGCCAAUGGCGCCGAAGAGCACAAGAAAUUGAUUGAUUACUGUCUCGAAGACAUGACAACCAUAUUAUCGGAUAAGUGGAGCACAAGUCACGUGUUGGUGAUCCGGGCCAAUCGCUUCCACAACAACACGUAUGCCAUUUACGACAACUUCGUGGUCAGCGACUCCUUCGGCUGUCCUAAGCAUCAGUUUUCCAAACAAUCGUUAAUCCAUUUAAGACUCCUUUUACUCAAUUGUUUCAAUCAAUUGAACCUUAAUUUAGAUCUCAGAAGUGAUCAUAAAUUAGUGAUAAUUGGUUUCAGCAAAGGAUGUGUUGUAUUGAACCAAAUGUUGCACUCAUUUUACGUGAGUUUGGAUGAGCCGGAGCUGAAGGAGUUGAUGGACAGCAUAGACAGCAUGUUAACCCACCUGCCGCCGGUGAGCCCUCCGCGGCUACAGUCAGGUAUAGUUCACAACACAGGUUUCAGGCCAUGGAUUGCCAAAGAAGAGAACAUAUUCUUCCAGACAUUGACCCAAUUGGGAGCUAAUCCUCAAAGAGUUCUUCACUUUGCCGGCGAAGACAACUCAUUAGAAAUGCAUUUCAAAGUUCUUAAACAUGUUUAUUGGGUGGACGGCGGCCACUCGGGAGGCGCCCACACGUGGAUCACAUCACAGCCAGUCCUCACACACUUCGCUACACUUAAUAUAGGCGUUCACAUCGAUGUCAGUCCAUAUCAAGUGUUGUGUCCAUUCAGGCCAUGGAUUGCCAAAGAAGAGAACAUAUUCUUCGAGACAUUGACCCGAUUGGAAGCUAAUCCUCAAAGAGUUCUUCACUUUGCCGGCGAAGACAACUCAUUAGAAAUGCAUUUCAAAGUUCUUAAACAAUUUGUCUCAUAA